AAGAGAUGACGUAAGUUUAUGCGCCGGCGCGAAAUUGAGCGGGUGCUUUCCUUCGCUGGGUGCGCAAUCUGAUGUUUCCUUUCCUCUCUAAGUGAUUAUUAAACGAACAUCAUUUGAAAACUUCCCAAAUAAGAGGCGUCAUACAGUUGAAAACAGCUGAAGCUCCCGACUCUGCCGAGCCAUGUUCUCUGAGCUGAGUGCCCAGAGGGAGGCCUCCUCCCUGCUCUGCCGCCCGGCCUCGGAGGACCAGGGCCCGGUGUUUGACAGGGUGCUCCAGGCCUACACCCCCUGCUCCGAGCGCUUCAAACUCGGAGAGCGAAGCUUCAGCCGCCAGUAUGCUCACAUCUAUGCAGCGCGACUCAUGCAGAUGAGGCCCCUGCUGACAGAGAGGGCCCAGCAGAAGUGGGGAGUGAAUGUGCGUAUCAGGAAGCUUUGUGAUCUUCAGACAGGGGAGCAGUGUUGCAUUGUGGGAACCCUGUUCAAGCACAUGGAGUUGCAGCCCUCCAUCCUGAAGGAGAUCAGUGAAGAGCACAACCUCCUGCCUCAGCCCGCUCGAGCCAGAUACAUCAGUGACGCAGAUGAGCUGAUCCUGGAGGACGAGCUGCAGAGGAUCAAGUUGGAGGGCAAAAUUGACAAAGACAAAUGUGUCACAGGAAGUGUUAUUGCCAUAUAUGGAGCAGAGAAGAAUGAUGGGAAGUUCACAGUGGAGGAAUUUUGCACUGCUGAUCUCCCAUUGCAGACACCAAGACCUUCGCUCAGUUCUGACAAGUUUGUGCUGCUGGCCUCAGGUCUUGGUCUUGGCAGCAGUCACGCUGACAGCAUGCUGGGGCUCCAGUUGUUGGUUGACAUGAUAACCGGCCAGCUAGGUGACCAAGGGGAGCAGAGUGGGGCCGCGAGCAUCUCCAGGGUCCUGCUGGCUGGUAACCUCUUGAGCCAAAGCACCCAGAACAAGGAGGACUCCACUAAGGCCAAGUACCUCACCAAGAAGACUCAGGCGGGCAGUGUGGAGGCUAUUCGUCUGCUGGACGAGCUGCUGCUUCAGCUGGUGGCUUCUGUUCCAGUGGAUGUGAUGCCAGGCCAGUACGACCCCACCAAUUACACCCUGCCACAGCAGCCCCUGCACCGCUGUAUGUUCCCCCUGUGCUCCGUCUACCCCACCCUGCAGCUGGUCUCCAAUCCGUACCAGGCUAACAUCGACGGAGUCAAGUUCCUGGGCACAUCGGGUCAGAAUGUCAGUGACAUCCAGAAGUACAGCAGUGUGGACAGCCACCUGGAUAUACUGGAGAACACACUGCGACUGAGACACCUGGCCCCCACGGCGCCGGACACUCUGGGUUGUUACCCAUUUUAUCAAAAAGACCCUUUUGUCUUGGAAGAGUGUCCCCAUGUCUACUUCAGUGGCAACGCCCCUUCCUUUGAGUCCAAACUCGUCAAAGGUCCCGACGGUCAGGAAGUCCUCUUGGUGACUGUCCCAGAAUUCAGCAGCACCCAAAUGGCUUGCCUGGUCAACCUGCGCACACUCGAAUGCGAGCCAGUGACUUUUUCUGCCUUCUCUGCUGACGACGACGAUGAGAGCGAGAUGAACAUCAGCCACUGAGACUUCAUUUCCACUCAUCUUCUCACUCCUCGAACACAACUCAUCCAUGUUCAGAUCCGUUAUUGCGUCAGCUGUCCGGAUGGUAAUCGUUACAUCAACAUGCCUAGAACUUUUCUCACAUUGGUGCUGUCCAAUAUCACUAAUCGAUGAGCUUGUUGUUACAAAUAGCACUACAUGGUUUCUUCAAAUGCUUGUCUGUAUAGUAUUUUUUUCAUGUUACAAUCUUUAAGACAUGUAGAGCUGUGGCAUGCCAGGAUGUUUUGCGAAAUCAGUGCUGAGAAAGAAGAGAAAACACACGGCGUGUAUUAACAAGCCUUUAUUAUUUGAAAAAUAACUUUCUUCUACCUCGGCUAGCUCUGAGGAACAUAACAGAAGAUCUCUCUGGACUCUCUCGUUAACUUUGAACAAAUGUUUUUAAGGCAUUCAGAGACUAUGUUUAUACUGUGAGAAGAUUUUGCUGUCAUGAAUGGAAAAUAAUGUAAAUAAUUAAACAAUUUUGUAAU